GCUUUCCAGGAGCCUGAAGCCCCAUAGGAGCCUCCAAAGGAAGCUUGGCUGAGAGCCCAGUGAUCCUCAGUGAGAAGAGAGCUCGGUGAGAAAGUUAAGUCCACGGAUCUAUUUCAGACAUGCAGUGCACAAAGGGCUGCAAAGUCCUGCUUGACUUCGGUCACCAGAUGCUGCGACGGAAAGUGGUGGACUGCAGUCGGGAAGAGAGCCAGCUGUCCCGCUGCCUGAACACCUUCGACCUGAUAUCCCUGGGUGUGGGCAGCACACUGGGCGCUGGUGUGUACGUCCUGGCUGGUGCUGUGGCCCGUGACAAUGCCGGCCCUGCCAUAGUCUUCUCCUUUCUGAUCGCUGCCUUGGCCUCUGUGCUGGCUGGCCUGUGCUAUGGCGAGUUUGGUGCUCGAGUCCCCAAGACAGGCUCAGCCUACCUCUACAGCUAUGUGACUGUGGGGGAGCUCUGGGCCUUCAUCACUGGCUGGAACUUGAUCCUCUCCUACGUUAUCGGUACGUCAAGUGUGGCGAGAGCCUGGAGUGCAACGUUUGACGAGCUCGUAGGUAAAAGCAUUGGGGAGUUCUCCAAAAAACACAUGGCCCUCAAUGCUCCUGGCGUGCUUGCUGAAAACCCCGACAUACUGUCUGUGAUUAUAAUUCUCCUCUUAACAGGAGUUUUAACUUUUGGUGUGAGAGAGUCAGCCAUAGUCAACAAAAUAUUCACCUGUAUCAACGUUCUGGUCCUGGGCUUCAUAAUGGUGUCAGGAUUUGUGAUAGGAUCUGCAAAAAACUGGUAUCUCACCGAGAAUGAUUUCUGGAAUAUAUCUAGCUGUAAGGUCAAUGAUACCAAAGCACUGGGUAAUGGAGGAUUCAUGCCCUUUGGGGUGUCUGGCAUCCUUUCGGGAGCUGCGACCUGCUUCUAUGCCUUCGUGGGAUUUGACUGCAUUGCCACCACAGGUGAAGAAGUCAAGAACCCCCAGAAGGCGAUCCCUGUGGGCAUUGUGGCAUCCCUCCUGAUUUGCUUCAUUGCCUAUUUCGGGGUCUCUGCUGCCCUCACGCUCAUGAUGCCCUAUUUCUGCCUGGAUUCAGACAGCCCAUUGCCCGCUGCCUUCGAGCACAUGCACUGGGAAGGUGCUAAGUACGCAGUGGCUGUGGGCUCCCUCUGUGCGCUGUCUGCCAGUCUUCUGGGCUCUAUGUUUCCCAUGCCCCGCGUUAUCUAUGCCAUGGCAGAAGAUGGAUUGCUCUUUAAAUCUUUGGCCAAAAUCAACAGUAGGACCAAAACACCAAUAAUUGCAACAGUAACCUCAGGUGUCAUUGCUGCUGUGAUGGCCUUCCUCUUUGAACUGAAGGACCUGGUAGACCUCAUGUCCAUCGGCACUCUCCUGGCUUACUCUUUGGUGGCUGCCUGUGUGUUGGUCUUACGGUAUCAGCCAGAGCAGCCUAACCUGGUAUACCAGAUGGCCAAAACUACAGAUGAACUUGAUCAAGUAGAGCAGAAUGAGAUGGUGAGCACCAGUGACUCCCAGACGGGCUUCUUACCAAAAGUGGAAAAGUUGUCUCUGAAAGCUAUAUUCGUACCCCAAAACAAGGAGCCUUCCAAGCUCUCUGGAUUGGUCGUGAACAUUUCAGCCAGUCUCAUAGCCAUUCUUAUCAUCGUCUUAUGCAUGGUGACUGUGCUUGGGAGAGAGGCGCUGGCCAGUGGCACCCUGUGGGCCAUCUUAGCAGUUGCAGGAGUCACCCUCCUCUGUGUCAUAGUCACAGGUAUCAUCUGGAGGCAGCCUGAAAGCAAGACCAAGCUCUCAUUUAAGGUGCCCUUCUUGCCCGUCCUCCCCAUCCUCAGCAUCUUCGUCAACGUCUAUCUCAUGAUGCAGCUGAACGGAGGCACAUGGAUCCGCUUUGCAGUGUGGAUGCUCAUGGGCUUCACUAUCUACUUUGGCUAUGGAUUUUGGCACAGUGAGGAAGCGUCCCUGGCUGCUGAUCAAGCAAAGACUCCUGACAACAACUUGAACAAGGGCAAGUGAUGCGUAGCCCCACCCACGAGAGGUUGCAGCAGCUCCAGGAUUGGCUGCAGAGGACCAGGAAGCAUCUCAUACUCUACUGAUGUGACAGGAACCAUCCCCAUCCCCAAAUGUUGCCCAAGGUGCAAUGAAUUGAACUGCAGCCUCCUCCACAACUUGUGUGGCCUGACCAGACUUGGCCCGGCAGCCAGCUCGCAAGGCUCAGGUCACCUCUGGACAGCUCCCUGGCCAACUUGGCUCUGCCUGCCCAUGUGUCUCCUCAUUCCAUCUGAACAAAACCGUUGCUCAUCCCGGCCAGCUGGGUGCCUUGUUGCUGCAGCCCAAGGCAGAUGGAGACUACUCCUCUCUCCUGAGAACCAGGACUCCCUCCUUGCUGCCUUCCUAUUACAAACAUGCACACUCCAGACCCUCAUGCAGCUUCUCCCCCAGUGGUGACAGCCAGCCAGAUUCAAGAGGAAUGCCAACAAGCAGCAUGUCCUAGCCUGGUCUACCCCAGAGCCACGGGACCAUAGUUCACCUAAAAGAGGAAGGAUAGGCCAUUUUGCCACUCCUACUCUCUGUGCUGCUUUCUGAUGAGAUGAUUUGGACUAAACCUCCCCUUGGAGUGUGACUUUGCUCUCUUAACGGCUCGAGAUGGGCCCUGGCCCGUGCAAAGCAGGAUCAAGGGCAGGUGUUUCAUCUCAAGCUUCUCGUGGGAGUUCAGAAUCAAGUUGGGGCAAGGCUGGCUCUCCUGGCAUUUAUGUGCGCAUAAACCAAGGGACAUUCUCCAGGCCCCAGUCCGUUCCUGCUGCUUCUGCCAUGUGUCCCUUUGGGCUCUAUGUGUCCUCAGUAACUGGAACAUGAAACUAUUUGUAUUAGACAACCUCAUGCUGGCAGAGUUCUGUGAGCCUUUACCAUUCACUAAGUCUUCCCCAGGUCCUUGUGCGUCAGUCUCUUGGGUCUUACAAGGUUCUCAAGACAGGUGCAAGCACAAUCUGGGGCUGUGAUAAUGCUAAGUGGUCAGUGUCUCCCCUGAAAUGAAAUUGAACCCUCCUGUGAGCUGCUAUGAAUCACUCCACCAGAUUAACUUAGGGACUUAAUAUAAGCUUGGAUAACGGCCAAAAGAAUUUGUGACCACCUCAUAUCAUGAGUUUGUGAUUCAGGGAAUGUCCACACGAGAGAUGUCCUGUAGUCUUCUUGCUGUCUCUUAUUCUUACCAGCCAAGGCAAGAUGCUGGCGAUGCCCUGGACCUCAUUCCUCCUUUAGGCCUAGAGCCCAGGGUGUCCCUCUAGGACUUUCCAUGUCCUCCUACACUGUCCCUGGCCCCCCACUGCAGCUUGCUGUGGGGCCUCCAGCCAGCACCCAGACAGGACAAGAGUGCCGAUGGACCCCACUAACAUUUAGAAUAGCAGUUUGGCCAGCAGAUUCCAGGACAAACGGGUAGGCAGUCAUUUAGACAGCUCCAAUAGGCAAAUGAUGUUUUUGAAACCUACUCCCCCAUUUCAACCCAACUAGAUAGAAGCCUGAUGAUAAACUGAUUUGUCUCUUCCCCUCCCCCUUGUUCCAGGAGCUCCUUGAAUAGCAAUGAGGCUGGGGUGUGUGACUCAGUUGUGGAGUGCUUACCUAGCAUGGGUUUCAAACCCAGCACCACCAAAAAAAAGAAAAAAGAAAAAAAAAAAAACAGUUGAAAGGCUGGUUUAGGUUAGCCAGUGGCCCAAGACCUGGCAGUUGUGCCAGGCCCUGAUUACCUCUGGGUGCUUUAUUUUGAAGGUCCCAGAGGUUAUUCCAGAAGGAGUAGCAGCUGACCCCUCCAAAAAGCAUGGGUUUCCAAAGAAAGGCAUUUAAAUGUAUGUAGAUUGGUGCUGUAAACUAUUUUGAUAAAUAUUAACUUAUUUUGUUGGGGUUUUGGUUGUCGUUUGUCUUCUUAGAACCUAUUCUCCGUUUGCUGGAUUUCUUUUCACUGUUUUUAACCUAGAAGAAGAGAACUUGAGGGGUGUGAGGUGGGGUUGUUGUUUUUAACGUUCCCCCUUUUUUUUUUCUGGCUGAAAUUAUUCCAUUCAAGAUGACACUGGACAGUCUGUUUACAGUUGAUAUUUCAGUUCAUACUCUGCAUCAGUCUGCAAGUAGAC